AUGGACGAAAAAUUAGGGCUAAAAUUAGGGCAAAUCUCAAUCGCAGAUGCGGAGAAGCUAAUUAUCGACAUCGAGGAAAAUGAAGUGCGAUUCAGUGCAGAGGAAUGCAACCGAAGCCUAUUUGGGAAAGGGAUAGAUGAUAAAAAAGCGAACUGGUUGGGCAUGAAACGGAAAAUGGGUCUACUUUGGCGUAUGGGGAAUGCUCUGGAAGUUCGAGAAUUGAGUGACAACUACUUCCAAUUUCUCUUUCCAAAUAGAGAAGCACUGCAGAAAGUGGAUAUGGGGCGAUGCUGGAUAUUCGAGAACCAAUACUUAAUUGUGCAGCCAUGGCAAGAGGGUUUAUCAGAAAAUCAUCCUAGCUUCAAUGAAUUGACUGUAUGGGUACAAGCACAGGGGGUGCCUAUCAAUUGGAUGAGCACAGAUGUUUGGCUGAAGAUAGGGAAUGCAUUUAUGGAUAUAAAAAAUGUGAUGCUAGUAAAAGCAGGUUUUAAAGGUAGCAGAAUUCUUCGUCUUCAGGUUAGUCUGGAUGUCAGGAAGCCAAUUCCAAGGUGGACUUCUAUAAGAUUGGGCGAACAAAUUGUCACAGUGUAA